AUGACAUGGGUUUGGGAGCUGAACGGGCAAAGGCAGCGUCCUGGUGAGCGAGCGCACGCUGUUCCCUCCAGCGAGUUUCAACCAUUGCUCAGGAUUCUAGAAGUUUUCUGCAGAACUUCUUGCACUUGUUUCCUCUCUCACCAUCUCAAGCUCCUGCUCCCUCUCUGUUGGUCACCUGUCCAUAAAGGAUAGACUCAGCGUUUCCCAGAACUGUCCCACCCUGUCCUACCCCUCCUCACAUGGGCGCAUUAUCACACAGAAGCACCGCGUUUCCUUCAUCUGCAGUGAAAGCCCCUCACAAGCCCUGACCACGUUUGCCAACAUCAACUGAGACCAAUGGAGAAAAAAGACGAGAUGAUGACGAGCAUGCUGACAAUGGACAAGGGAGAGAAUGGGGAAGACAACAGCAGAGGGGAAGUUAAGGGGGAGGAGCAGGAGAUGCAGAAGGAAAAUGGUAGACUGAUGCUGGCUGAUGGUCUCACAGAGAGAGAACCCAAAAACGUGACCUCAGGUUCUGGUCAGCAGGUGUCCAAUGGUUUCACGACAUCCACCCCUCAGAGCUCCAGGGAGGGACUGGGAACCACUGGUGCAGCUUCUGGGCCUGGAGGGGGUACCGGGUCUGCAACGCUGCUGGGAGGUCUGAGAACGCUAGUGGUUCAGCAGACCAGCUUGGAGAGGCCCAGAGAGACGUGGAGCAAGAAGAUGGACUUCUUGUUGUCUGUGAUCGGCUACGCUGUGGACCUGGGAAAUGUCUGGCGCUUCCCUUACAUCUGCUACCAAAAUGGGGGAGGCGCCUUCCUGCUGCCCUACCUGUUGAUGGCAGUGUUUGGAGGUGUACCUCUGUUCUACAUGGAACUGGCUCUGGGUCAGUUUCACCGAAGCGGCUGCAUCUCCAUCUGGAAACACAUCUGUCCUUUCUUCAAAGGAAUUGGCUUUGCCAUCUGCAUCAUCGCCCUCUACAUAGCCUUCUACUACAACACCAUCAUGGCCUGGGCACUCUACUACCUGCUGUCAUCAUUUCGGCCCACCCUGCCCUGGACCACCUGCACCAAUAGCUGGAACACAGCCAACUGUCACAGCUACAUGUUGUCUGACCACAAUGUGUCGUGGUCCAAUUCGUCCACUUCGCCAGCCGAGGAGUUCUAUACUCGGCAGGUACUGCAGGUCCACCUCUCCCCAGGUCUGCACCAGCUGGGCUCCAUCAGCUGGCAGCUGGCCCUCUGUUUGCUCUUCAUCUUCACCAUCGUCUAUUUCAGUAUCUGGAAAGGAGUCAAGAUGUCUGGAAAGGUGGUAUGGGUGACAGCUACAUUUCCCUACCUGGUCCUUCUGGUGUUGCUGGUGCGUGGGGCCACCCUGCCAGGGGCCUGGAGGGGUGUUGUCUUCUACCUCAAACCUGACUGGGAGAAACUGCUCAGUACUACGGUUUGGAUUGAUGCAGCAGCUCAGAUCUUCUUCUCUCUGGGUCCUGGCUUUGGUGUGCUGCUUGCCUUUGCCAGCUACAAUCCAUUUCACAACAACUGCUACAAAGAUGCUUUGGUCACCAGCUCAGUGAACUGUCUGACCAGCUUUCUGUCAGGUUUUGUCAUCUUCACUGUGCUGGGCUACAUGGCCGAAAUGAGACAGCAAAGUGUGGACACAGUCGCCAAGGAUGCAGGCCCCAGCCUCUUGUUCAUCAUUUACGCUGAAGCCAUAGCAAACAUGCCUGCUGCCACUUUCUUUGCCAUCAUCUUCUUCCUCAUGAUCAUAAUGCUGGGUCUGGACAGCACGUUUGCAGGACUGGAGGGAGUCAUCACAGCGAUGCUGGAUGAAUUUCCUCAUACCCUAGCUAAGCGGCGGGAGUGGUUUGUCUUUGGUCUCGUUUGUGUCUGCUACCUUGGGGCUCUGUCUACCCUCACAUAUGGAGGAGCGUUUGUGGUGAAGCUGUUUGAAGAGUAUGCCACGGGCCCUGCAGUCAUCACUGUGGUGCUGCUAGAAGUCAUAGCGGUUUCCUGGUUCUACGGUACCAACCGUUUCUGUAGCGAUGUCCAUGCCAUGCUUGGGUUCUACCCGGGCUGUUUCUGGAGGGUCUGCUGGGUGGCUAUCUGCCCCUGCUUCCUUCUGUUCAUCAUCAUCAGUUUCCUGGCGUUCCCUCCAGAGGUCAAGCUGUUUGACUAUAAUUACCCACCAUGGACCACUGUCCUGGGCUACUGCAUUGGAGUGUCUUCAUUUAUCUGCGUGCCUGCUUAUAUGGUUUUCCACCUGCUUAAUGCCAAAGGCACAUUCAGACAGCGCCUGUUAAAGAGCAUCACUCCAGAGCCCAGCAGUGACAGCCACAGAGACUUCAUUGUGACCAAUGCAAUCUGACCAAACCCUCACCACUUACACUGUUCUAACUCCCUGGAGUGCCCUCUUCUGGACAUAAUCAAAACCCACAUAAUCAAUGGAGUAGCUUUCAUUGUCUGUAAUUUUUCCAUCAGGAUGCAGAUUCCAGGAUGGGAAUGGGCCAGGUCAGUCUGCAGUUUUCUUUAGCAUUGUUUAGUUCUCUGUGCUGGUUGGUGCCCCAAACCCACAUUUACAUUUUGAUAACGUUUUAUCCUAUUAUUUUAUCCUGUGGCAGUUUUUGACAACCUUGUUUCAAAAGAGCUACAUCCAAGUCAUCUCAUGACCAACGGAAUAAUAUUUUGUCCAAAAAGUACAAUUCAGUCAUUAGUCUCAGCUGAUUCAUCUCAGAAAGCGAUACAAAUGUCUUCGGUUAUGCCUUCAUAUAGUGAGUUUUGUCUUCAAACUUGUAGCUGAAAUUCAGGUACCCUGUUGCAUCAGUUGCUGAAGCCAAAUAUCAGAGAUAUUGUGUUCCUGUUUUAAUAGUGUUGCUGUUUGGUGGCAGUCAGCUUUUUGUUCAUCAGAAGGCAUUUUAAAUGACUGACAGAUUUGCAAUGAAGUUCCUACACUGUGAAUUGCUGCGUCUGUUGGUGUGUGUGUGUGUGUGUGUGUGUACUUGUGUGAUUAUUUUAUGUGUGCCAGAUGUUGGGUGUGUGUACAUUGUACCUCCACAGCGUGUGUCUGUGUUAGUGUGUGUCAGUGACGUGUCGUCUUGUUCGAUGCCAAAUGUCUCACAAAGAAGAAACACCUUGUCUUGCUUGUAUUUCUCUUGAGCUUAUGUAAGAGCUAUGUAUGUUAAUAAAAGACUGUACUGAGAAACAUCUGUAUAGAAGAAAAAUAUAUAAAUAUAUCAGAAAUAACAGAUAUUAAUAACAAUAAAGAUACCAUAUGGAAAU